AUGCAGAGGCCUACCGAUGGGCUCGUCAACUCGGCCACGCCCCCUUCCAUGCGGAGCCUGACCCCCCAUGGCAUGUCCGCCCGCGCCUCGCUACCGGACCGCAACGUCGUCGCCGCCAGCAUCGAGGACGCCUAUGUCGCCUUCAUCCUCUACUGCAACCCGGCUGUGCCCCUCGACGCCGACUCUUCCGCUCUGCGCGAGUCCUUCCGCACCCCGCCCAAGAGCGGGGGCAAGAGCUUCAGCACCUUUACCCUCUUUGAGCUCAUCAGGAAGCUCGAGACCAAAGAGAUCAAGACGUGGGCCGAACUGGCUCUCAAACUCGGCGUCGAGCCCCCGGACCAGGACAAGGGCCAGAGCUCGCAAAAGAUCCAGCAGUAUGCUGUCCGUCUAAAGCGGUGGAUGCAUUCCAUGCACGUGGAUGCCUUUUUCGAGUAUCUGCUUGGCAACCACCAUCCCUACUGGACGCAAAUACCCGCAGACACCAAUCUGGCCGGUGAUACGCUCCGGGAUGGCGUGGCCGCCGAGGACGACAUGGCCCUCCGGGCUCUGCUACCCCAGAUCAGGCCCAAACGAGGGAGACGGCGACCAGAGGAUGACGAGUCGGGGAGGCCGUCCCCUCAGAGACCUCGCCUCGAAUCGCCUCCGGCGGGGACGCCCUUUCCAGGGACCAGAGGCCAUGACGGGCUGUCACCGUGGUCGGUGCAGCCGGAUGGGCGACUAGCCAGCUGGCUGCCUUCAGCCACUGGCCAGCCCCCUCCUGCUUGGCCUGCCGAUACUACCUCGCACAUGGCUCUCCCCGCCUAUCCACAGUCGGCCAUCACGCCAUCCACGAGGAACGCCUUUUGGAGCGACGAACCCAAGUCUGCCAUUACGCCGUCCAAAGGCAGGACGGGCACACGGCGCCACGGCGCCAAGGUCGUAUCCUCUGCCUGGAGGAGUGGCGCCUCUGGAGGGACGGGCAAGACCCGUGGCAGACCUCCCAUCAACCGCGGCGGCGCUGAGGAAGGGCCCUAUUCGGCGUAUCCUACGACCGACGGACCGCCUCACUUCGCAUUGCCUUCCCCGAAUCAUACCGCCGGUAACAACACUCAGAUACCCGUUCCUAGUAACUUCCCCAUAGACCCAUCACCACCGCCGCCACCUUCAUUCCCACCAGUCGGUCCCCCUUCUAUACCAAAUUAUCCCGACUCUGCCCCAAACACGGCAGGCCCGAAAGCCUCAAGACCAAACAGGUUAUCGCUCCAAGUCCCCGAGAGGGUAGGCGGAGAGGUCCGUUUGGCAACGCCGCCGCCAGCCGUCAUGGUCAACGGCCAGUCAUCCAUGCACAUGAACAACGACUGCAUGGACCUGAACCAGCCGCGGGGCAACUCGUUCGACCUGGCCUCCAUCGACAUCCUCAACGGCAGGAAUCCCAACGCCGCGGGAGGCAGCGACAAGCCGCCGCCCAACCGGCCCGUGCCCCAGGGCAGAGUGCGCCUCGAGGACCCCAACGACCGGACCAACAUGGCCGAGCUCGAGGCCUUCUUCAUCCACACCAUCCUCUCGGCCAACUGGCAGGACGCGCGGGGCAACCCGAUCCGCCCCUGCGGCGUCGACGAGGCGUCGGCCAUCGCCUCGAGCGUCAUCGACGACCUGCUGCGCUCGGCCUCGACCAAGGAGACCUUCCUCAUCAACCUGGCGGCGCUGGCGGGCUCCAAGAUCCUCAUGACGACGAGCACGCUGCGCGUCGUCCUGCUCGAGGAGUGCGCCGACCACAACAAGUACAUCUGCAACUGGGAGCUGCGCUUCGGCGACGUCCGCGGCGAGUUCUCGAUGAAGGAGCAGGUCAGCCACCGCAAGUGGAAGGGCCGCAGCGCGCCCGACCGCAUCGGCGGCGACGACGACGCCGCCGGCGAGAACACGGCCGCCCGCUGGCAGCGCAAGUACCGCGAGGUGCUCGACCUCGUCAAGAAGAAGGACGACAGCCUGUCGAGCCUCAAGUCGCACGUGCUCGACGGCCUCAUGGACCGGACCGGCCCGCCGGCGUAUGCCGCUGCCACUGCUACUGCUGCUGCUGCUGCGGCGGCGGCGGCUGGGACGAGUAGUAAUAGUAGUGGUGGUGGUGGUGGUGCUAGGCCGCCGGGGGGGAGGUGA